AUGCUACUCUCACAGUACCUAUUGAAACGCAAGGAUGCCGAAGCAGGGCGAGAUUCCGAGAAGGACAAGGUUGAGGGGAGCGAGGGCUCCAAUUCUGGCAAGAAGCGCUGUCGUCCUCCCAGACCAACGCUCUGUGAAGAAAUCAUACAAGAUUCAACUGCCCAGAUUGGCGACCUCCAGGACCAACUCGCUGCAAACAAAGGAGAUGGGCGUGAGUGA